CUGGUGUAUCUGUCUGGAAAUUCAUUGUACAAGCGAUUGACGAUGAUGGCCAUGGACUGAUUGGCUACGCUGAUGUGCAGGUUAAUUUACGCGAUAUUAAUGACAAUGGACCGAUAUUUGCUAACAAUUUAUUUGGAGCAGUCGAUGAAAACCGUGAUCCUGGAGGUAUUUCCUGA